AUGUCAACAAAUUCAACGCCUUGGGCCGCGGCCCCUCCAACAUCAAAUGGUGAUACCGCGUGGACCCUAGCAUCAACAGCCUUGGUAUGGCUUAUGGUCCCCGGUGUCGGCUAUUUCUACAGCGGCAUGGCCAGAAGCAAAAAUGCCUUAUCUCUCAUCAUGCUUAGCGUCCUAUCAGUCGCUGUCGUGUCAUUUCAGUGGUGGUUAUGGGGGUUCAGUCUAACAUUUGGUCCAUCAUCUAACGGAUUCAUCGGUAACUUGGAUUACGCUUUCUUCCGAGGUGUCAACAGUACUUCCUGCAAUGCAGCCGUUCCACCAAUCGGCACCUCCGAUGUUCCUAUUGUCGUCUACGCUAUCUUCCAAUGUAUGUUCGCCGCCAUAACUCCAGCUUUGGCGAUUGGAUCCGCUGCAGAACGCGGUCGUGUCCUACCGGCCACCGUCUUCAUCUUCAUCUGGUCAACCAUCGUCUAUGACCCAAUUGCCUGUUGGGCGUGGAAUACUAACGGAUGGUCGAAUAAAUUAGGAGGUCUUGAUUUCGCUGGCGGUACCCCAGUCCAUAUCUCGUCUGGUGCCGCUGCUCUUGCCUACUGUCUUGUUGUCGGAAAACGUCAUGGUCAUGGAACUGAUGAAUUCAAGCCCCACAACGUUGCCAACACUGUUCUCGGCACUGCUUUCCUCUGGUUCGGUUGGUUUGGUUUCAACGGCGGUUCUGAAGUAGCAGCCAACAGCCGUGCGGCCUUGGCCUGUGUCGUAACCAACUUGGCCGCAUCCGUUGGUGGACUUACCUGGGUUAUUCUUGACUACAGACUGGAAAGAAAAAUGUCUACCCUCGGUUUCUGUUCCGGAGCUGUGGUUGGUUUAGUGGCCAUCACUCCUGCCUCAGGUUUUGUCGGUGCACCCGCCGCUGUAGUUUUCGGAAUUGUCGGUUCCAUAUGCUGUAAUGCUGCCGUCAAACUUAAGCAUAUCUUUGACUACGAUGACGCCUUGGAUGUGUUCGCCGUUCACGGUAUGGGUGGUCUCGUUGGUAACAUUCUUACCGGUAUCUUCGCGCAACAAUCAAUUGUUGCAGCUGAUGGUUCAUCUAUUCCUGGAGGUUGGAUAGAUGGUAACUGGAAGCAAAUUGGUUACCAACUUGCCGAUUCGGCAGCCGGAUUGGCAUACUCAUUCGUCGUCACAAUAAUCAUCCUUCUUAUCAUGGACAAGAUUCCAGGGCUUUCCCUUCGUGCCGAUCCAGAAGCCGAACUCAGGGGUCUUGAUGAAAGUGAAUUGGGUGAAUUGGCAUACUAUCACGUCGACAGACUCGUUGCCAUCAACACCAGAACGGGUGAUACCAAACUCAUCAAAGAAGAAACAGUACAUCAACAAAAUGAUACAAAUGUCACGAUAGUGUAG